GUGAAAGGUGAACAUUGAAACAGAUCAGCGGUGAUAGCACAACGUUCGCCAACAAUGGCUAAACAUCAUCCAGAUCUCAUCUUUUGCAGAAAGCAAGCCGGUGUUGCUAUCGGCAGACUUUGUGAGAAAUGUGAUGGAAAAUGCGUCAUUUGUGACUCCUACGUGAGGCCAUGCACGCUAGUGCGCAUCUGUGAUGAGUGCAACUACGGCUCCUACCAGGGACGUUGUGUGAUCUGCGGAGGGCCUGGUGUGUCAGAUGCCUACUACUGCAAAGAGUGCACUAUCCAGGAGAAAGAUCGAGAUGGGUGUCCUAAAAUUGUCAACUUGGGCAGCUCCAAAACAGACCUGUUUUAUGAGAGAAAGAAGUACGGUUUUAAGAAGAGGUGAAAACACGCAGGAGACAUUUGAAGACUGGUUUUCUAGGAUAAGUCUUGGGGAAAAAACAUUUUUGAUUUGUCAAUAAAGCUUGAUU